AUGGUCCGCCUGCAACCUCAGCUUCCACUAAGUGCCUGCGUCAAGGCUAUGGUCCGUCUUGGACAAGUACAGGAAGGUGUCCUUGAUGUACUUUUCAAUCGCAGCGAGAAGAAUGAUCAGGUCAUUAAAGUCAAUGCACUCGUCCAGGAGAUGUAUCACGUGCGUGCAUUCAUGGAUGAGCCACGAUGUCAGACAAUUGCUCAGGAAACGUACUUUGAAUGGUUAGCUAUCGAAUUCGGAUACCACGCCCUUCUAGCAAGUGUAUUCCACCUACAACAGCGCGUCAUGAAGAGCCCCUUAUCUCGGCAAGAAUGUCUCCACGCUGCACGGCAGUCACUGGUCCAGCUCACCAAGCUGCAGGACGAGAUUACCAUAGAUCAAAAUUUCCUGGGCGAAUAUCCUUACUUCCUUACAUGGCAGGUCGUUCCAGAAACAUAG